AUGGACCCGAAGCCCAAGAUUCUUGCCUUCCAUGGCUCAGGCAGCAACUCCAUGAUACAUACUGUACAAUUGGCGAGAUUGACAAGAGUGCUUGGUUCGGAAUUUGAGGUUGAGAGUCUGAGCGCCCCCUUUCCCUCCCAAGCCGGUCCAGGCGUCCUCCCGUUCUUCGACGGCUGCGGCCCUUACAAACGCUGGCUCUCCGCCCCCGACACGGCCAAAGAACUAAAAGAUGGCCCUCACAUCUCCACCAUGCCCUCAGAAGUGGAAGAACUCGUCCGCAACACCGUAAAGCGCAUCCGCGACUCCGGCGGCGAAGUCGUUGGCCUAAUCGGCUUCUCCCAAGGCACCCGCGUUGUCACCGGCCUCCUCAAGUGUGCCGAAAUCGUCGCCGCGCUAAAGAAGAAAGGUGAAGAUGUCGAUGAACUAGACUGGUGCGAAUGGGACUUUGGUAUCACUAUCUGCGGCAGUGCCCCACCGCCGUUUGUUGCGCAAUCCGUUUCUGCUGCGCUAGACGCUUCCAAGCUUUCCGAGGACGAAAAGAAGGAACUGCUGGAGAGCAAGAUUGCUAUUCCUUCGUACCAUAUUCUUGGUAAUCAGGAUGAGUUCAAGGGUGUGGGCAAACGGUUGAUUGAGCAGUGCUAUGAGGUUGCUGAGGGAAAGAGUACGGUCAAGGAAGUUGAUAUCGGACAUUUUUACCCCAUACAACCCGCUGAGAAUGAGCAGCUUGGGAAGUGGGCGAUUGAGGUUUUCAAGAAGGAGAAGGCAUGA